AUGGAGCUGGUGCUUAAAGUCAGAAUUCAGAGGCCCAAAGAAAAUGACUUCACUGAAGUUGAACUGAACAGAGGAGAGCUGAGUUACCAAAAUCUACUAAAAGUGAGUUGCUGUGAAUGAGGGGUUAAGCCAGAGCAAGUGAAGAUCAGAAGGCCACCAAACACGCUGCUCAGAAAGGACAAAGACAUUUUAAGACUACAGGACUUCCAGGAGAUAAAACUCGUUUCAAUGAAAAAUGGAAGCUCUGAAUUGGUAGCACACGCACCAUCCCUGACAGAGAAGCCCUGCUUAACAACAGCCACGCUGCAAACCUAUCAGAAAAUCCCAGAAAUGAACAACUCGAGUCUAUGUUUUAUAAACAAUGCAGUCUGGGGUGCAUGUACUGGUUUGCCAACUUCAUGUGGGUACUUUGGAAAAUCGUUCCCUUGUCUUGAACUUCUCUGGACCGGGAUAAAAUUUCAAAGUGCUCUGACAAAUAGAGCCAUUAAAAAAUUGUGCAGAAUGCACCCGAUGCACUAG